GAAGCUCGCCUUUCAUGUCACUCCAGUGGUACUUGUAUGUACAGACGCAGCCAAUCUCUUCCUCAUGACGCCACCGAGGCUGGGCUCAGAGGGCUUCGAUCAUAAUAUUUAACACACCCACCCUGGAUGAACACUUGGAAGGAAGACAAGGCAGUGUUAAGAGGACAAAUGACAACCGGGAUCCCUGCACCUGCCAGCCAGUCUCGGAUUUGACUUCAACGAGGCUCGCAGAAAAGCAGCAGCUCCUGUCAAGAAGCGGGACAGCAUCCAAGCAUCUUGCAGCGGAUCACCUGUUAUUUUCAUGGAAUUUUGCUUUUUUCCCCCCCUUUUUGAUUAUUCAUGUAUCCUAAAUAUUAGGAAGGCUGUGUUUUUGUGGACUAUAUCAAUCUCUCGUCACUUUUAUCCGCCCAAGAGGACAGUUAUGACACAUUUGACAUCUCAACUCCGUGCUGGCAGCAUUACAAAGAAGGAAGAAUAUCUGUGCUUUUAACAGGACUCCCCUCCUUCCUGUUACCUCUUAACGAUUUAUGUAGUGGUCCGUCCUCCUGACACUGUAUCCUAUUCAACAACGCAAUGAAUGAAGAGCACUUUUUGAGUCGCUGCCAGUGAAGUGUCCAGUGCUCACAAUGCAUCGGUCUGUCCAUCUGUCUGGGAAUGAAGAAUUGGGACUUUUGUAAAAAUUAAAAAGAAAGACUGAGCACAUCAUGGAGUUAUUAACAUAGGCUCACCAGCAUUAUGUGUGCAAUGAUCAUAGGAAAUCUUAACGUCGCUGCUUUGUCAUCGCAUAACACUGUUGGACAUCAAUGUCAGUGCAGUAAGGUGCGCUGCGCUUAAAGCUUCCUCUGUGUAAAGAAAAAAAACAUGAUAAAGAUGAUAUUGUUUCGUAAAUUCAGAGUGUUGAUACUCAUGGUGUUUUUGGUUGCGUGCACCAUGCACAUCAUGAUAGACUUGUUACCAAAACUGGAGAAGAGGGCGGCGGGAGCGGACAGCGGGGACGGCGGCUGCCAGUGCGCUCACCACCCGGGCGGUGAGUCGCAGGGCUGGGGGAAGCAGCGCGCCAGGUCGGCGGCUGAAGCGGGCUGGCCUAACAAGCACACGCUGAGAAUCCUGCAGGAUUUCAGCAACGAGCCGAGCUCCAACCUGACAUCACAUUCCCUGGAAAAGAUCACAGCGGCCGGGGACAGAGCGGAGUCCUCCAGGCGGAUGAGACCUUCAGCGGGGAAGGCGGAGGACCACAAGCCGCUCAUCGGAGACGCGAGCGGGGGUCGGACCGUCCCUGCCCGCGGUGUCUCCCGACUGGCUGCUCUGUUUGAGCAUCACCUAUACAAGACUGACCUUCCUACUCUCACGGACGCUGACACUUUAUUUAACGUCAACACUGACAUCAGGUUUUAUCCCAGAGCAACAGGGAACCAAGGAUGGCACAACGAGGAGGGGAACGAAGAGGAGGAAGAGUUCUCUCCGACGGCAGAGGUGACAGCAGAGUCUUAUCCCAACUGGUUACGUUUCCACAUCGGGAUCAAUCGCUACGAGCUGUACUCCAGACACAAUCCUGUGCUGGACGCCUUACUGAAGGACUUGGUCACACAGAGGAUCACCAGCGUGGCCAUGAAAUCGGGAGGCACCCAGCUGAAGUUGAUCAUGACUUUCCAGAACUAUGGACAAGCGCUGUUCAAGCCCAUGAAGCAGACCCGGGAGCAGGAAACUCCUCCAGACUUCUUCUACUUCUCCGACUUUGAGAGACACAACGCUGAGAUUGCUGCUUUUCACUUGGACAGGAUCCUUGACUUCCGGAGGGUGCCCCCGGUGGCAGGGCGGCUGGUCAACAUGACGAGGGAGAUCAGAGAUGUGACACGUGAUAAGAAGCUCUGGAGGACUUUCUUCAUCUCACCAGCCAAUAACGUCUGCUUCUACGGCGAAUGCUCUUACUACUGCUCCACUGAGCAUGCUCUGUGCGGUAAACCAGACCAGAUUGAAGGCUCGCUCGCAGCCUUCUUGCCAGACCUGAACCUGGCCAAGCGCAAGACCUGGAGAAACCCCUGGAGACGUUCCUACCACAAACGCAAGAAAGCAGAGUGGGAGGUGGACCCAGAUUACUGUGAUGAGGUUAAGCAGACACCUCCAUAUGACCGGGGCACUAGACUCCUGGAUAUCAUGGACAUGACCAUCUUUGACUUCUUAAUGGGUAACAUGGAUCGUCAUCAUUAUGAAACUUUUGAGAAGUUUGGAAAUGACACCUUCAUUAUCCACCUUGACAACGGAAGAGGGUUUGGAAAACACUCCCACGAUGAGCUGUCCAUCCUGGUACCUCUCAGCCAGUGCUGCAGAGUGAGGAAGUCCACUUAUCUACGUCUCCAGCUGUUGGCCAAAGAGGAGUUCCAGCUGAGCUCCCUGAUGGGGGAAUCUCUGCUCCGUGACCGCCUGUCCCCCGUCCUCAUCCAGCCUCACCUCCAGGCUAUGGACCGCAGGCUCCGGCUGGUGCUGCAGGUCCUUGCAGGCUGCAUAGAGAAAGAAGGCUACACCGGUGUCGUGGAGGAAGAUCUAGUCAGAGACGCAACAACCAACAGGAGCCCAGGCCACAGGUAGUGAGGGCGAGGCAGGAACCACCAAUAACACAUGGACAAUGGACCACGUUUGUUGCUGUCUGACCAAUGGAAUCAGACCAAAAGUCCUACUUCUCAUAUCAAGCUGAAUUCAGUGAAUUCCAAGACUUGCCAUCAAUGCCUCUAUGGAAACUGCGUUUAAGUGUGUUUAUAUGGGAGAAAUUUUCCACAGAUACAACGAAAGACUGUGCUCAAACAGAGGCUUAGUAUUUGUUAGAUACAGAUGUAUUUUUCUUUUAUCAGAUGUUGUAUAAGACAUAAAGGAACCACUGCUGUGUUUUUAUUUUGUCCUGUUUGUUUUGAAUAUGGAGGGUAUCUAUUUCAUAUAAGUGUUUUAUUAUAUUAUAACCAAAUGAGAAGUUAGACUGACUGGGCAGCAUAUGGUCAGAAAAUAAGCUUUAUCAUAAUCACAGGUUUGAGAAAGUGUGUGGAAGUUUCAGGAUAUUGUUCCUUUUGUAUUGUUCAGUUUUCAUUAGUUUUCACCUUCUGCGAUCAACCACAUCAGCAGAAAGAGUGAAGCCAGGCUUGCUACAAACAACUAACACCCAGGAGAAAAACACAGUAUCCAAAUAGUUUGUGUGUCUCCUCUCUAUAUGCUUUUUGUCUUGGCAAAAACUUGGUACAGACCGAAUGAAACUGUUAAUACAUACUACUUCAAAACAAUAUAAAGCUGAGUGCUAGUAUAUUUCACACUGUAGUUCAAACAGUACCUUCACUUUGCCUUAUUCCAACUUUGUAUGUCUUGUUUUACUUAUGUUUUCCAUCUCCCCUGCAGGUUUAGCUUGCCAUACAUGCAGUCUGACAGCACAAAACUAAAAUAUUAGUUUCCAAACCAAAAAUAGGCGAAAUGUAAAGACUGGAGACCAGACUUACAAUAUGUGCUGGUUAGUGUUCAUUCACUGCCAUUCUUACAUGCAGACCUGAAACAUUAAGUAUUGUCUGCUAUGAUAUAAUUUAACAGUUUAUGCAAUGCAAAAUGUUACAGUUUGUAUGUUGUUUCAUAUUAUGAGAUUUCAUGUCCAAAUGACUAUUUAUUGGUGCAUCACAAAAACUGCAAGUGGUUUAAUGAAUUCUAGGUUAUGGUUUUACUUCAUGAUGCUUUAUACAUUGGGAAGAUUUUACCUUAGGUACCUUAGCAUUUGAACACUAUUUAAAUUGACAUUUCUUUGGGUGCUUUUGUUUGUACCGAUGAUAGAAAAACAACAAAGCUUCUUGAUUUUGGACAUUAAGUUGUUAAAGUGGUGCCAGUGCAAUUUUCUGUUUCCUCCUAAGAGUUCUGUGUAUUGGCUGACCCGCUACCUGUGCAAUGACAGAAAUACAGUACUUGAAUGUUUUUGGGUUGGCAGUAUGGACAGGAUUCAUAGAGCUACACACAGUGUAAAGCCUGACCCAAAUCUGAGAAGUGCUCGGGGGUGAUACAGGGGUUGAAAUGCCUCGUCCUACCAUAGGGAUAACCUCGGGCUUUGCUCUUUGAUUUUCAUUUUCUCUGUGUAAAUAUCUAUAAAUACUUUGAAGACCUAACAAGCUGCACCGCACAGUGAUUUGCUUCUGUUUUCUGCUGUUGCAUUGUUACUGUGAAGAUCUGUUUACUAAAUGAUUAAAGUGUGCAAUAAAAACAAA